GUAUAGUGUCCGGAAUAUGUCAUCGAAUAAGCGAGCUGUGGAAGGAGACGUAUAAAACUGGCAGCAGCAAAACUCCCUGGUGAAAGGGAAGCCGGGUUUAUAUGUAGCAUCAGAUCACACAGGAGCAAGGGAUUGUCAAUGCUCUAACAGGAUUUGGCUGUUUCCUGGUUUCGCCAUGACCGUACAAAAGAGCUGUGUUCUUGCUUUUGUAAUCGUCGUGCUUCAUCUGAUCAGUCAAGCGGAGGGACAAGGUAGAUUGAAAUUAACUGUUCUGUCUGAAGGCAGACUGCAGAUGAAAUGGAAAGAGGUUGAUGGCAACAAACAGGGGUAUAAAGUACGAGUAAAGCCAUCAGCAGGUACCUCUGAACAGGAAAUAAUCCUGAAGACAAAUAUAGCAAAAGCGACUGUUGUGGGACUUUCUCCCACUCAAGAGUAUACACUGCAAAUAUUACUGCUGAAUGGAACCCGGGAGCACCAUUACGCCAAAAGAAAGUUCAUUUUAAAUGUCCUGAAAGAGCAACAUUUAAAAAAAGUUUCCAAACGUAAGCAAGACAAAAAGAAGGUUACAGGUACAGCAGGAGAGAAUGGUACCCGAUUGGAUUUUAGUAACCCCACAAGCAAUUCAACAGAUCUGCAUCAAAUAGAAAUAUUGUAUGGAAUGCAAUCAAGACGAGUGAAAGGUUCAGAACGAAGAAAAUCAGCUGAUAAGAUGUCAGAGAAUAAAAAGAAACAGAAAUUGAGCAUUACUGUGAAUGAGAGUGGAAGAAUGUCACAGGUGAAAAAUACAACACAAGCUUUAUUUAAAAAUAAAAGAAAAGUGGUACCAGAAAAACAAAAGGAAGAACAUGUGCCUGAAGAAUUUCCAGCCAAGGGAUCUCGGUUCAAGUGCCAAUUGAGUACCGCUGCAGAUAUUAUAAUUCUAAUCGAUGGGUCUUGGAGUAUUGGCAGAGUAAACUUCCGAUUGGUGCGUCAGUUUUUGAUAAACUUAAUUACACCUUUUCAUGUUGCUAUGAAUGGAAUUAGAAUUGGCUUAACUCAGUACAGUGGUGAACCAAGGACAGAGUGGGACCUGAAUUCUUAUUCUACCACAAAUGAAGUUCUAGAAGCAGUUCAGAAAAUACGCUACAAGGGAGGUAACACAUAUACAGCUCUUGCCUUGAAUCAUAUUUUCAAAAACACCCUAAAACCUUCAGCUGGUGCUAGACCAAACACUGCAAAAUACUUAAUUCUGCUAACUGAUGGGAAGUCACAGGAUGAUGUCAACUCAUCAGCUCAAAGCUUGAAAAAUGCUGGUGUUGAAAUAUUUGCUGUUGGUGUAAAGAACGCUGAUGAAGCUGAGCUGAAACAAAUCGCGUCUGAUCCACUUGAACUCCACGUGCACAACGUGCUUGAGUUUAGUCUUCUUGACACACUUAGUGACAGACUCACAAAGAUUCUUUGUGGACAAAUCAAGACCAAGGCAACCAAAAUGAAAAGUGAACAUGACAAGCCUGACAGUGGUACCAUUCUAUAUCCAACCCCGACGAAUCUGGUUAUAUCUGAUGUAACAGCCAGGAGUUUCAAAGUCAGCUGGAUGCAUGGCCCAAAGAAAGCAAAAAAAUACCGUGUUGUAUAUUAUCCAACUAAAGGGGAUAAACCAGAAGAGGUGAUUGUGGAUGGAACAGUUUCAUCUGUGGUCCUAGAGAACUUACACUCCCUUACUGAAUACCAAAUGGCAGUUUUUCCCAUCUAUGAAGGUUUUGUUGGUGAAGGUCUCCGGGGCAUAGGAACUACGUCAUCUUUUCCGUCACUGAAUAAUCUUACAAUCUAUGAUGUGACACACAACAGUAUGAGAAUUAAAUGGCAACCUCAAGAUGGAGCUACUCAGUAUAUGAUCCUGUAUGAGCAAGUUUCCAGUGAUAGAACUGAUGAUGGAAAAGAGGUGAGAGUUGAUGCUCAGUAUACAGAUAUUGAAAUAGAAGGUCUUUCUGCAAAUGCAGAGUAUGUUGUGACAGCUUAUGCUUUAUAUGAAGAGGAAACAAGUGAACCAGUAACUGCACAGCGAGCAACAUUCUCGCUGAAACCCCCAGAAAAUUUACAUCUCACUGAAGUUCAUCACAGUAGUGUUAAAGUAAACUGGGAGACAGCUUCAAAGAAAGUGAGAGGGCAUCGUAUCAUUUAUGUGACUGCCAAUGGGAAUGAUCCCAAACAGGUCGAAGUUGCUGGGGACAUUACAAAUGUCCUAUUAAAAAACCUGACCUCGUUGACAAAGUAUGUGAUUUCUGCACUUUCUAUUUAUGACACUGGGACCUCUGUGCCUGUUACCAUCACUGCUGAAACAUUCAAGGUUCCACCUCCAUCAGAUCUGAAAGUUACUGAAUUUUCAGGCACCAAUUUAACAAUUACAUGGAAACAUGCAGCCAGCGAUGUCAUUCUUUAUAAAAUAAAAUGGAUUCCACUUAGCGGAGGAAAAUUAAAAGAGCUCGAUGUCAAAGGGAACAUGGACACAGCCGUGUUACAGGGUCUAGACAAGAAUAUAGAAUAUCAGGUGUCGCUGUCUGCAUUAUAUAAUGACACAGCAAAAAGCAAUGCCAUUGUUCUCCGCUAUAACACAUUUUCCAGAAAUCCUCCGUCAAACCUUCUCAUAGAGGCCAAGACACCCACUAGCCUCCAAAUCAGCUGGGAUCAUCCAAGUGCCAAUGUUCAGCAUUAUAAAAUAUCAUAUAUAACCAUUAAAGGUGGCCAUGCCGAAGAGACAAUCGUACCGGUUAAGAGAAACAACAUAAUAAUACAGCCACUAACUUCUAACACUGUGUAUGAGGUGACUGUUGCUGCUGUCUAUACUUCAGGUGAUGAGGCCAGUAUAUCCGGAGAGGGAAAAACGUUGCCUUUUGAUCCACCGUCUAACCUACAUAUCUCAGAAAUAUGGUACAAUCACUUCCGGGUCACAUGGGAUAAAGCUGAGACACAACCAUUGGGAUAUGCUGUGAUUUAUCAGACAGCUUCUGCUCAAGCCAUGGAAGUAAUGACAGGAGAGGAUGCAGAUUCAUUAGUCAUUAAGAACCUGCAGAAUGGCCUAGAAUACAACGUCAAAGUGCUUGCAGUCUAUCCAAACGGCAACAGCACAACUGUUGAAGGAAAAGUGACAACAUUAUACUUGAAUGUAACUGAUCUUAGUACCUAUCAGGUCCAGUUGACCACUAUGUGUGCCAAGUGGGAAGGACACCCUGCAGCCUCAGCCUUCAGGAUUGUCUUAAAGUCAAUGAAAGAUGGAAAGACACAGGAAAGCACUUUGCAAGCAGGAAUAGACAAGUAUUGUUUCAGGCUGCUCUUUCCCAAUACUCAGUAUAAGAUUACUGUGUACACACGCCUACAAGACAUGGAAGGAUCUGCUGUUUCUGUUCUUCAAUCUACAUUGCCACUUCCAACAAGGUCUGCAUUUGUUUCGACUGCUGUUCCUGCUGCCUUCAAAGCUUGCCAUAAUAUCACAGCAGACUUAAAGUUCAUAAUUGAUGGAUCCAGGUUUGUAGGAGGAAUGAACUUCAAGAAGCUCAUUGCUUUUCUAUAUGAUACUGUCAACGUUUUUAACAAAAUCGGUCCUGAAGGAAUACAGGUGUCAGUGAGUCAGUUUAGUGGUCACAUGAGGAAUGAAAUUCAGUUUGGCUCCUUUGAAAGUAAAGAGAAGUUACUGGGAGCAAUCUAUGACAUACCUUACAGAGGAGCAGACUCUAAUACAGCCAAGGACGGCAUAACAUCUAAUCAUGUGUUUUCCAAAGAAGAAAUAAUGAGAAGGAAAGGUGUUCACAAAAUUUUGAUUGUAAUCACUUGUGGGACUGUACUUGGUGAAAUACGUCAAACUGUGCAGCAGUUGGCACUGAAAGGCUUCUUUAUUUUUGUUCUUGGUGUUGAUGAUGCUGAUGAGGAAAAAAUUGAUGAAAUUGCAGGCACACCUAGCAGAACUGUUUUACAUGUAAAUGACUUCAAUGAUUUAAGCACCAUUGGAAAUAAAUUUAUUUCAUCCAUUUGUCAGACUAUCUCUACAACUUGUCCCUUGACAAAUAUUAGAGACAAUGUUGUACCAGGAAUUAACAUGAUGGAGGCAUUUGGCUUAGUAGACAACGAGUAUUCAGAACUUGAAGGAGUUUCUAUGGAGUUUGACAUCUUUACACGCUCACCAUCAUAUAACAUUUUUGAAAAUGCCCAGCUUUCACAGGCUACCAGGAAUAUCCACCCCACGGGACUACCUCCAGAGUACACAAUUACAUUGUUCUUCCGAUUACUGCCCAAUACUCCUAAAGAACCAUUCGCAAUUUGGCAGGUUGUGGAUGAAGAUUUUCAGCCUCUUGUGGGAGUGGUGCUUAACUAUAACCAACAAACUCUGAACUACUUUAAACUUGACUAUAAGAAUGAAUUUCAGGGAAUUGCUUUUAACCAACCUGAAGUUAAAAAAAUUUUCUUUGGAAGCUUCCAUAAGGUCCAUUUAACAGUGAGUAGGACAAGUGUCAAGCUUUAUAUUGACUGCAAGAAGAUUGGAGAGAAGUUCAUUAAUGUUGUUGGUAAAAUCUCCACAAAAGGAUUUGAGAUGCUUGGAAAACUAGUAAAAAGCAGGGGACCCAGCAAUGGUUCAGUACCAUUUCAGUUGAAGGCUUUUGCAAUGGUUUGUAAUACUUCCUGGGCUGACAUGGACAACUGCUGUGAUCUACCUGCAUUGAGAGAUGAACUGGCAUGCCCUCCUCCUGUCCAUGCAUGCACUUGUUCAUCAGCUGUGCAAGGACGACCAGGGCCUUUAGGACUACCAGGCCCCCCUGGUUUAAGAGGUGCUCAGGGUGAACGUGGGGAACCUGGACCUCGGGGUCAAGUAGGUCCAAUUGGUAAACCAGGACCUAGGGGAGCAGAUGGCCAACCUGGAUCUCCAGGGGCAAGAGGACUCAGUGUACAAGGACCUGCAGGUCCUCCUGGUGAAAAGGGUCAGAAGGGUGACCCUGGACAAAGGAACAACCAGGGUCUUCCAGGUCCUCAGGGUCCUCCAGGGAGAGAAGGCCUUCAGGGACCAAAGGGUACAAGAGGACUGGAAGGUGCAAUAGGACCCCCUGGACUUCCUGGGCCAAGAGGGCCAGCAGGUAUCACAGGGCCAGCUGGCUAUCCAGGGGAACGAGGCCCACCAGGCAAAGUAGGGCCAUCUGGUCUCCCUGGUGCAAAAGGAGAAAAAGGCGAGAAGGGAGAAAUUCAGUCCCUCGCUUCGGUUUAUCAACUGGUUACCCAAGCUUGUGAGGACCUUGUUCAGAAUCACAUGAUCAAAUUUGAUUCGAUCCUGAAUGAGUUUACAAGGAACCCGGCACCUGUACGGAUCAUUCAGGGGCCAGCAGGUGAAGUCGGGCGCCCAGGGCAACCAGGACCACCUGGAAGUAGAGGUCCUCCAGGAAUACCAGGCAUGCCUGGUGAUGUUGGAAAGGCUGGCUACCCAGGAGAGAUAGGUAAACCAGGCAAUAAAGGAGAGAAGGGUAGCCCAGGAAUCAAUGCUCCAGGCUCUGAAGGACCAAGAGGGACGCCAGGCCUUCGAGGUGAAGGAAAACGUGGGAAACAAGGACCACAGGGCUUGCCUGGCCCACCAGGCCGUCCUGGGCUGCCAGGUUUUCCUGGAUCCAUUGGGCCACCAGGUCCUGCAGGACAUUGUGAUGUCCCUACCUGCAGCACAGUUAACCCAAGGCGUGAAUCAGACAUUGAACCUGAGGGUGAAUUGCAGUACCUGCCUUAAAUCAUUUACAGUUAUGGAAACAAUUCUUGUUUUUAUGUGUAAGGAGAUCAAAACAACCAAAGCAAAUUAUUUCAACAUAAUGAAGAGUGUUCAGUUGAAUGAACCACAAACACAUUUCAGAUUUUGAGAACAGAAUCAUUUUCAUAUCACAUUGUGAUGACACUGUAAGUUCCAGCAUGUACUGUUCGAUGGGGAAUGGGACAAGUUGAUGGUGAGGUAUAUGAAAUAUUGGUCAUAUGUAAAGAAAUCUGAUGUUGCAGUUUAGAAAAAUGUCUGCUAUCAUAAAGGACGUGUUGAUCAAUCACAUAAUAUGAAUUUUAUCAGAUUUAUUCGGAAUCACAGCGAGAUAACAAAAGAGAAAGAGACUUGCUUAUGGUGGCUGAUUUAAAGUUAACUGCAAGGAAAUCCUUUUUCAAUGUUUGCGUAUUGCUGAAGAUUGACAGCGUUCACUGUUGUUGAAGAACUACAGU